CGCCGCCGCCGCCAUGUUCCGGUAUCAGUCCCUGGAGGACUGUCCACUGGAUGAGGAUGAAGAUGCCUUCCAGGCCCUGGGGGAGGAAGAUGAAGAUAUUGACCAGUUCAAUGAUGACACGUUUGGAGCUGGGGCUGUCGAUGACGACUGGCAGGAGGCACACGAGCGGCUGGCAGAACUGGAGGACAAACCAGUGGCCAACAGGGAACAGGAUGGACCCAGUGGGGAGGAUUCAGACCUUCUGGGUGAGCCUGAGGACACCUUGGCUGAACGUCUGACCAGGCUGGUCAUUGACAGCGAGCUGGAGGACCCUGCCAUCAUGCAGGCUGUGCAGACCAAGGUCCCCACGCAGCAGCCUGGAGGGUUGAAUUCCAGCAUCUGGGACAGCUCAGCAGUCCUGCGGCGGAUCCGGGGACCUCUUCUCACUCAGGAGAUGCCCUCUGUGUCCGUGCUGGACUAUGCUCUGCCUCAGAGACCCCCUCAAACUCGAGAGGAGGAGCGGGACCCCUCGGAGCGGGCACUGCCGCGCCGCUCAUCGUCCCCUGUCAUCGGCAGCCCCCCGGUCCGGGCUGUUCCCAUUGGCACCCCUCCCAAGCAGGCUGCAGUGCCCAACUUCAACCAGCAGAUCCUGUGUCCAAAGCCUGUCCACAUCCGAGCUACAAUGCCGCAGCGCUACCCUGCUCCCUAUGGCGAGAGGAUGUCCCCCAACCAGCUCUGCAACGUCCCGAAUUCCUCCCUUUUGGGCCACCCUUUCCCUCACAGUGUCUCUCCCGUCCUCACUCACCUGCAGAGAGCGCAGCUGCUUGGAGGAGCCCAGGUAAAGCCCGGCCGAAUGUCCCCCAGCCAGUUUGCUCGUGUCUCUGGGCUGGUUGGGAGCCCCCUUCCCUCCGUCAAUCCCAAGCUGCUCCAAGGCAGAGUUGGGCAGAUGAUGUCUCCUGCCAGCGGGUUUCGUGCCUUUUUCGGGGCUCCCCCGGCUCCCUCGCAGCCGCAGCACCCGCCGGGCCCCGCCUCCCACCUGCAGAGCCUCAGGCCCCAACCCCAGAUGUUCCGGCCGGAUACCACCCAUCUGCACCCCCAGCACCGCCGGCUCCUGCACCAGCGACAGCAGCAGAACCGAAACCAGCACCGGAGCCUCAACGGCUCGGUUGGGGACCGAGGGGGCCACCGGAGCAACCAGCAGGAGCGUAAAGAUCCCUAUGCCAACCUCAUGCUGCAAAGGGAGAAGGAUUGGGUGUCCAAGAUCCAGAUGAUGCAGCUCCAGAGCACUGAUCCCUACCUAGAUGACUAUUACUACCAGAAUUACUUCCAGAAGCUGGAGAAGUUGGCAGCAGCAGAGGAAGUGCACGGGGAUGGUCCCAAGAAGGAACGCACUAAACUCAUCACACCUCAGGUGGCAAAGCUGGAGCACACCUACAAGCCAGUGCAGUUCGAGGGCUCGCUGGGGAAGCUCACGGUCUCCAGCGUCAACAACCCUCGCAAGAUGAUCGAUGCGGUGGUCACCUCCCGCAGCGAGGAUGAUGAGACAAAGGAGAAGCAGGUUCGAGACAAGAGGCGCCAGACCCUUGUCACAAUCGAGAAGACCUACAGCCUCCUCCUGGACGUGGAGGACUAUGAGAGACGCUACCUCCUGAGCCUGGAAGGCGAGCGGCCGGCCCUGAUGGGUGAGAGGAAGCAGAAGAUCUGUGACAUGUAUGACAAUCUGAGGGGGAAGGCACCUGGGCAGGACAGGCCAAGCGAUGACCACUUCAUGCAGAUCAUGUGCAUCCGCAAAGGGAAGCGCCUGGUGGCCCGGAUCCUCCCCUUCUUGUCACCUGAACAAGCAGCUGAUGUCCUCAUGGCAACAGCCAGGAACUUGCCCUUCCUCAUCAAGAAGGAUGCUCAGGAUGAGGUGCUGCCCUGCCUGUUGAGGCCCUUCUCACACGUUCUCUACCACCUCCCUUUGGGGACUGUCACCAGCCUUGUGCAGCAGCUAACGAACCUACCUCAGAGCGCGACCGCGUCGGCGCCCACCAACCUGCACCUCACUGCUGUGCUCCAAAACAAGUUCGGUCUGUCCCUGCUGUACUUGGUCCUGAGCCGUGGGGAGGAGCUGCAGAGCUCGGAUGCAAACACGGAGCUGAUGCAGGACAACCAGUGGACUGAGCUGAUGCUGAUGGCAACCAGGGAGCUGCUGCGCAUCCCUCAGGCUGCCCUGGCCAAGCCUGUGUCCACCCCUUCCAACUUGAUCUCCCUCUUCUCUCGCUACGUUGACCAGCAGAAGCUGAACCUGCUGGAGACAAAAUUGCACUUAGUGCACGGGAUCCGGUAGAUCUCCUCAGCACGGAGUGAUCCAGAGGAUGGAUGAAUGGAUGGAUGGAUGGAUGGAGGGCAGGCAGAUCUCCCCUCCCCCCCACCUCACCCUGACACCCAGCUCGGUGCCCCCCACCCCAAAAAAUCCUCUCUCAGGGUGGGCUGGGGCGGGGGGGGGAAAGUGUUU